AUGACAACCUUUUCACUCAUUACCAUCACGCUCUUCGUCUGCCUUUGCGCAGUCAGACACUACAAAGAAGGAUUGAAGCGUUUAUUACAAAAAAUCACCGGAAAAGAUUAUUCAAAAGAUGUGUCCAACCCAGCCGACGUCAAGCGCCUGGCGCCAUACCCAGCACAGCCCAUCAAGGGCAGAGAUCGAUACCGUGUCAUGAUGGAUAUCCGCAAGCUCGACGCCCACAAUUGGCUCACUCUCGAUAAAAACUACAUGGACGAGCACCGAGUACGGACCCAAUUGCUCGAAGAGAAACGAGGCAAAGUCAUCCAGUGUCUUCCUGAGUCUCUCGAAUCAUGCCAGGAGGCACUAGAGGAGGUCUCGGAGUUCUUGUGUCAACGGUUCUCGACUGCAUUCACCAUGUCAACCCACGAAAACCAAAAGAUUGUGGAGAAUCGCAUGACAGGCGACAAAUUUGCUGUCAGUGGACGCGAUCCUAACGAGGGUUUGACCGAGGCACUUGAGGCUGCUGUUCGUUUGACGAUGGAGGACCUUAGUAUCCUGAUGAUGAACGAGGAGGGAGAAUAUUAUCUAGCAGCAAGUGCUAGUCUUUUCCCCACGGGAUGGACCGUCAAUCAGAGAAUCGGAUGGACAAUCUCCCAAUUACACGGUCCAGUACCUUUAUGGCACCAGCAGGUUGCAAACUCAGUCAGCAAAUUCCUAGCCCGUUUGACACCAAACUCGCCAAUGGAACGAUCAAACUACUUUGUGGAAGUGAAGAGCCCAGAAGAGAGCCUCACUGAUAUUCUCUACCGGCCGAACGCCCUGUGCGAAAAGAAAUCAAGUGAUCCCUCGCCAUCACAGAUUCUAAUUCGCCGCGAAAGGCAGACAUUCCGACGUCUACCACGGACAGGAUCGCUGGUCUUUGGCGUCAAAACCUAUCUUACUCCUCUGGAUGAGCUUCCCAUGGCUGAGCUGGCAAACUUGGCCAAGGAGAUGAAGACCUGGCCCGAAUAUGUGAGCGAGUAUAAGGGGAGAGAUGUAUGGGGCGCUAAAGUGUUGGAGUAUUAUCGGGAGCGAGGGGGGGUGUUGGACGAAAAGGAGGAGAAGCUUGAGGUUUGA